AACUUUAUUGUAAAUGUUCAAUUUCGGAAGGACCGUAGUUUGGCUAGCAGCAGGUUAGCUCGUGCCGUCUAUCGUUCCCCCCCCCCCCCCCCUCCAAACAACCCUUCUCUUGUUCGGACUGCGAUGGAGGCCCUCGCAGCCGCGGAGGAGGCCGGGGACAGGCCGCACCACCGGCCGUUCCUCAUCGGCGUCAGCGGGGGGACCGCCAGCGGGAAGGUUCGUCGAAGCGGCUGCGUUAGCAUUAGCCCGUCGACCGUGUGCGCCAAGAUCAUGGAGCUGCUGGGCCAGAACAAGGUGGACCACCACCAGAGGAAAGUGGCCAUCAUCAGCCAGGACUGCUUCUACCGCGUCCUCACCGCCGAGCAGAAGGCCAAAGCGCUCAAGGGCCAGUACAACUUCGAUCACCCGGAAGCCUUCGACAACGAGCUGAUGUACAAAACGCUGAAGGACAUCGUGGAGGGGAGGGUGGUGCAAGUGCCCACGUACGAUUUUGUCACGCAUUCCAGGUUGGACGAGAGGAUCACGGUCUACCCCGCAGACGUGGUCCUCUUGGAGGGCAUCCUGGUCUUCUACCUGCAGAAAGUGCGAGACAUGUUCCACAUGAAGCUCUUCGUGGACACCGACUCCGACGUGCGGCUCUCCCGCAGAGUGCUCCGCGACAUGACGCGAGGCCGCGACCUGGAGCAGAUCCUGUCGCAGUACACCACCUUCGUCAAGCCCGCCUUCGAGGAGUUCUGUCUGCCCACCAAAAAGUAUGUGGACGUCAUCAUCCCCAGGGGAGUUGACAACAUGGUGGCCAUCAACCUGAUCGUGCAGCACAUCCAGGACAUCCUCAACGGCGACAUCUGCAAGUGGCAGCGGGGGCCCGUCAACGGCCAGGGCCGCAGCCUGAAGCGGGCCCUGACGGGCGAGUGCGACCUGCAGAACGCCGGCAAGCGGGCGCCGCUGGAGCCCAGCACGCGACCCCACUAGCGGCCGCGACGGUCCCGGAGCUCCCGCCGCUAUUCCCAAAGACCUCAUUUGAUUCGGUUUUGGAAUUUUUGCUGCCCCACGCGUAUCCGGCGCGAAAGCUUUGGUAAGUUUUCGGGAAUUUUAAGAGGAAAAACCGGGUGGUCUUGGGAAAUGUUCCAAAUUGGAAACUUUCCGACAACACGCGUGGGAAAUAAUCACAGCGUAGCAUCUUCUCACUAUUUGAGGGAAAUAAAACACAUGGCGAGGCGUUCGUAGCCCUCGCGGUUAGCAUAGAGAGCGCAGCUCUGUAUUAAUUGAAGCGUAGCAUCUUUUAUGUGAGUCACUACGUUCAUUUGAUAUGACUUUUGAGUUGCGUAAAUGCUUCAGAAUUUUGCAACCUUGUUGUUCUCAUAACGCCCCCCCCCCCCGCACUGAUCUCGAUUCAUAUUGAUUGAUAUAUUUCAAGUUAUAACCUACAGUGAGACAGUGCUUGUUUUAAAUCAUUAUUUAACGCCUUAGUCACUUACCGUGUUAUUUUUGCGCCUGCGUGUCAAUAACAGAUGACGAUGCUAAUAAAAUAUGUUGAUGUCACGUGUUAGAAA